AUGCGAAGGUGGGGAAGCAAGCAAGCGGCGGCCGGAGCAUCCUGGAGAGAGGAAGAAAGGGUGGUAGUAGGUGAAACCGGAGGCGGCAGGAGAGGGAGAGGGAGAGGGAGCGAGAGGAGAGGCCACGCCAGCUUGACAGCAAAGCCCGUGCGCUCGGCUGCGGCUGCGGCGGCGGCGGCGGGUAUGGGCGACUCUGGCGGCUCCGUUGUGUCGGUGGACGUCGAGCGCAUCUCCUUCGGCGGCAAGGAACAUCAUAUACAAACCAACCAUGGAUCUGUAUCUGUUGCCAUAUAUGGUGACCAUGAUAAGCCUGCUCUUAUUACUUACCCAGAUAUUGCUUUGAACCAUAUGUCUUGCUUCCAAGGAUUACUCUUCUGUCCUGAAGCAGCUUCAUUGCUGCUUCAUAAUUUUUGCAUUUACCAUAUCAGCCCCCCAGGACAUGAGUUAGGAGCUGCUCCGAUUUUGCGGAGCACACCUGUGGCAUCUGUUGAUGACUUAGCGGAUCAAAUCGCAGACGUACUUGAUUUUUUUGGACUGGAUUCAGUUAUGUGCUUAGGUGUCACUGCAGGCGCAUACAUUCUUACUCUAUUUGCAACAAAGUAUAGAGAGCGAGUACUAGGACUUAUUCUCGUUUCACCUCUAUGUAAAGCUCCCUCAUGGUCUGAGUGGUUUUAUAAUAAGGUAAUGUCAAAUUUACUAUAUUAUUAUGGCAUGUGCAAUGUCGUGAAGGAUAUUUUGUUGCAGCGCUACUUUGGAAAGGGAGUACGUGGAGGCUCAACUGAACCCGAAUCAGAUAUUGUGCAGGCUUGUAGAAGCUUUCUUGAUCAACGGCAGUGCAUGAAUGUGUGGAGAUUUAUCCAAACUAUCAAUGAGAGAAAAGACUUGACAGAGAACCUGAAGCAACUACAGUGCAGAACACUAAUUUUUGUUGGUGAGAAUUCCCAGUUCCAUGCUGAAGCUGUUCACAUGACUGCAAAGCUUGAUAGGCGAUAUAGCGCUCUUGUGGAGGUACAGGCUUGUGGUUCGGUUGUGACAGAGGAGCAACCUCAUGCAAUGCUGAUACCAAUGGAGUACUUCCUCAUGGGAUAUGGCCUGUACAGGCCAAGCCAGAUAAACUGUAGCCCUCGCAGCCCUCUGAAUCCGUUUUGCAUAUCACCGGAGCUCCUCUCUCCUGAGAGCAUGGGGGUUAAGCUAAAGCCAAUCAAGACGCGAGUCAACCUCAAAGCAUAG